AUGUGCCUCACACUGAAAUUCCAAGAGCCUUCCCCCAUCAUCUGCAUCCAGACUACCCAUAUGUGGCAGGCUGGUUAUGAACCUUUCCGUCCUCUGGGGGCAUGGCCCGGUCCAGGAGGCAGCACCUCCAAGGAUUCUCUGCAGAUGUUGACUGUAGUGAGCUGCUCCAGACAGUAUGAAGAGCUGCCGCAGACUACACUCACCCUGGAGCCUCCACUCCCAGAGAUAUUCACCAGGGAGGAAGUCACUCUGAGGUGUGGGGUUCAGGGGGGUUCUACUGGCUGGAAAUAUCUCUGGUUCAAAGACAGUGAGGACAGUCCAGUGCCCCAGACUGCUGGCCGCAGUAUAACUGAUGACAGCUACACCAUCACUGCAGCUGCUGUAUCUGACCAGGGCCAGUACUGGUGUCGAGGACAAAGAGGAGAUGAGCCACUCUACUCACAGAUCAGUGAUAAAGUGAUAUUAACUGUAUCUGAGGGCUGUCCCAAGGCUGUCCUGACCCUUCAGCCUGCCUGGACACAGAUAUUCCCAGGAGAGACAGUCACCCUGAGCUGUGAGGUGGAGGGGGGCUCUGCUGGCUGGAGGUUUAGACAGUACAGAGAUGGAUGUGAAGAGAUCAAUGGGUGA